AUGGAUAUGCCUAAAGCCACGGAAGUAAAGGAAGCACCUAGAAGUAUUGUCAAAGGUUGGCUUACUGUACAAUGUGGUAACGGAACAUUCAGAUUUUAUGAUUGCAAAUUGGUGAACGGAUUUGACGCUAGAAUGAUGCCCCGACGUUGCUUCAAAACUAAUCAUGGGGUUGACAUUUUCACCUACACUGUAGUCUUUGACUCGUUAAAAUACGCAGAAGUAUUGAAGACGUAUAACUUGGUCUUCCACUUCACUCAUCAAGAUAACCCCGCUAUUGGGUGGAAACUUAAUCAAAUCCAAUGGACCAAGACUGAUUCAUUCGAGUUAGGUAAAAUUGUACUGAGUGCAAGCCAUCGCUGGGAUGACUUUUACCAUAACCAUAGACCGAUGUCUAUAACGCCUACGGAGUGGUUCCAUCCGACUUUGGUUCUCACCAGCUUUAAGAUACAAAUCACUGCGAAGAAUGAAGUUGUUAUCACUGAAACAACACCGGGGGAGAUAGAAGAGACAACAAUAGAAGUUUCACCAUCAUCAACAUCAUCGGGUUCAUCUUCAUCAUUAGACUCAUCGGCUUCAAUAGAUUCUUCUGCUUCAACUUCAAGCUUAAAACCUACAACGAAAUACGUGGAUUGGGAAAUUGUGGCGACAAGUUGGGGUUUGAAUAUGCUAAGUUAUGUGCAAGGGAACGAUAAACUUGAUAGCCUCGAGAAAAAGAGUUUGUCCGUCGCUGAUAUUAUAGAUUAA